GAUCGAGCUACCCCUAAAUUAGCCACUCAGAAACCAAACAUCAGUAAACCAGAGGUGUAUGUUAGUUAGCAAUGAGAAAGCGGCAUCCACCUGACCACAGCUGGUCUCAGACAUGACGAGACGAUGACUAAGAAUGGAGAGGAAAGCCCCCUCCAUCAGUCCUGUGAAGCUCCUGGUAAAGGAGACUCAGUUUUCAAUGACAGCAGGGUGCUCAGGACCUCCUCAGUAGAAGCCAAAUCCUGCACGGACCACAAUGAAGCCUUCAAACACGCUACUAAAAGCUCACAGGGAGAGACCAUACCAUACCAGCCUCGGCCUCCCUCACAACCCAGGCUGUCAAAAUCCAGCAAAAGUGUCUCACUGGAGGAGACAGCAAGAACCAGGAGGCUAAGAAACAGCCAGGAGAGUCUGAGUGACCCGGUUGGCUCCUCCACGGACUCACUUAAAGAGGACCGAACAGCUCCAGGUGGCUUUGCGCUCAGCGAUGCUGCCAACAUCAGAACUGACCAGGACUCCAACGUGAGACCCCGCUCUGCUGUUACAAGAGGAUCCCCAGUCUUCCGGGACAGAGGGAGCAGUCUCUCUGAGUACGAACGGAGGCCCCCCAGCCAGCAGAGCGACCCCACAGACCACUGGACGAGGUCCACCAAGGUGCGCCUUUCUCCGGUGCAGCCCACAGGGACGCUACCUGCUCUGGAGAAGAGCUUUGCGUCGGCUUCUUUAAGGGCAGCUAAUAGGAUUGACAGGGAUUGUUUGGAUUAUGCGGUGCUGGCCAGAGAGAAACUCGGGGAGAGACUCCACAGGAACCUGAGCGACAGCCGGCUUCUGGAGAACAUGGGGUCCGACAGUGCCUCUGUCAACUCCAUGAGGUCCACCUACAGCGUGCUCAGCCCCAUCAGACCCCAGGAUGUGAGGAACAGGAGCUUUCUGGAGGGCAGCGUGCUGGGGAGCGGUGCCCUGUUAGGGGCCGAGGAGUUGGACCGCUACUUCCCUGACAGGAGGGUGGGCAUCUACAUAGCCACGUGGAACAUGCAGGGAGAGAAGGGACUUCCAGCCAACUUAGAUGACCUCCUCCUUCCAACGGACUCUGAAUUUGCACAGGACUUUUAUAUUAUUGGAGUCCAGGAGGGCUGUCCUGACAGGAGGGAGUGGGAGACCCGUCUUCAGGAGACUCUGGGACCGUAUUACGUCAUGCUGUACGCAGCAUCACAUGGUGUUUUGUAUCUAACUGUCUUUGUUAGAAGAGACCUCAUCUGGUUCUGCUCAGAGGUGGAGCACGCCACAGUCACAACCCGGAUCAUCUCUCAGAUCAAGACCAAAGGAGCUGUGGGAAUCGCCUUUACCUUUUUUGGCACUUCCUUCCUCUUCAUCACGUCUCAUUUCACCUCUGGAGAUGCCAAAGUUUACGAGAGAGUACUGGAUUACAACAAGAUCGUCGAGGCUCUCGCUCUACCAAAAGGCCUCCCAGACACCAACCCAUACCGCUCCACACCAUCUGACGUCACUACAAGGUUCGAUCAGGUCUUCUGGUUUGGUGAUUUUAACUUUCGGCUGAGUAAAGACCGGGUCGAUGUGGAGGCCAUCAUGAGCCGCACAGUAGAUGGCGAUAUGGGCCGUCUGUUGGAGCACGACCAGCUCUCCAAGGAAAUGAAGGAUGGUUCAAUCUUUAAAGGUUUCCAAGAGGCACCGAUACACUUCCUCCCCACGUACAAGUUCGACAUCGGCUGUGAUAUCUACGACACCACCUCUAAACAGAGAACACCUUCAUACACAGACAGGAUCUUGUUCAGGAGCAGGCAGGCUGAGGACAUAAAAGUGGUAAAGUACACCAGCUGCUCCAGCAUCAAGACCUCUGACCAUCGGCCCGUCAUCAGUGUCUUCCAGGUCAAACUCCGGCCGGGAAGAGACAAUAUUCCCCUGGGUGCGGGACAGUUUGACCGAGGUCUGUACUUGGAGGGCAUCAGGAGGAGGAUCACCAGGGAGCUGAAGAGGAGGGAGGCCAUGAAGAACCAAAGCAGCAGCACCAUCUGCACCAUCUCCUAAACCCUCAAAACAAACUCUCAGAGCAAACCGGACUGGAUCGAACUGUGCCAGAAACUGUAUUUUAAAACCAGACGGGCAGAGAAGGACCAAAAGGAAACCAGAGUUGUCUUAACUUCUCAGAGCCCAGUGCUGGUCAUGGUGGUACCUGAGCAGAGUGCGCCCUCUGUUGGCCAUCGUUGGGAACUGUCUGCGCGUAGGAACUAGCCGGCUGUACUUGAGGUCAGGGACCUCGGGGUCAAACAGGCAGAGAGAAGUUUGCAGACACAGCAGCAGUCUGGCCUUUAUUUAUUCAGCCCCCUCUACUCAAACAUGACUGAGACAGCGUGGGCGGGCGGGGGGGCUGCCGGCGUGGCUUAUUCAUCAGUCACAUGCUACAGUGUGAACUGACCUUAAAGGCUCUGUGUUACUGCAUUUGUUUGUUUUUUGUUUUUUUUUGUAGGUGUUUAAAAAGCAUCAUGAACCACAAUGUUACGUAAUUCUGAAUGCUCACAUCAGUGUUCACAUGCCUUGUGAUUUUUGUCAUCAAAUAGGUUAACAAAUAUUAUUGUGUUUUAGUGGCACGUUGAGGUUUUACAUGCCAUAAAGGAGGCUGCCAUUGGUUGGGUUCAACUUGAAUUUUGAUCUAAGCUGAAUGUUUUGUGGGAGAGGUACGACAGACCUGAAGAAGGGAGGUUACGUGUAUAAUUUAAAGAGCAUGACUGAUGAAAGCUACGUCAGGAGGUUGUUACUACUGGUUACUGUUGAAUUUCAGGGAGAUCAAAUGUGUUUGACAGCUUAUAUUUAACUUUUUUUUAUUGCAGAUCUCACUUCCUAUCAGAUAGAUUUAAACUAUUAACGCCUGUCACUACAUUGUAGGCCAAGUGAUCCUUUGCUACAGGCUGUAACUCAAUGCCUUACCUCAUCUCACUGCUGUGUAGCCUCAUAUAAACUGUCCAUGUACUGUAUCUACCACAUUAAUGAACUCACAUUCCCAGCAUGAAGAGCCGUCUGCUCCAAAAAAGUGCCUGUAGGUCUGUCAUUUCCUCAAGACCUCUUAACUUUAUCUGUGUAUUUUUAUAUGUCACUUAUUAUGUAACAUCCUGUUAAUAAACGUGU